GAUCAAAAACCGAUAAAACCGGUUAAAAACCGAUAAACCGAUAAAAACCGGUAAAACCGGUGAAACCAGAAAAACUACCGGUUCAAUUUCUCAUGCAAUCUUCUUUCAAUUUUUUCCAAUUUCACCCUUCCCAUUCCUUUCUUAUACCCAUUUUAACCUUUAACUUUAACAAAAUUACAAAAUUAUCAACACCAAAUAAAAAAAUCAAUGCCUAUAGUUUGCUCCUCUCAUCAAACCUUCUUUAUUGUUUGGAUCGGCCGGUUCACCGGUUCAACCGGUGCAAAAGCAGCUGAGGACUUCAAUAGUGUUGGAUCGUGAAGCUGCCCAAACAUUUGGCGCCGUCUGUGGGAACUUGAACAAGAAGUUGUGUAGCUUAACCUGCUGAAAGACAAAAUGGUCUGUACCUUUACUGAAAGUCGUCCUCUGAGAAAUGAAAUGGAUGAGCAAGAGGACACUCAGCUAUCUGAGCUCGGCUUGAAUGAUUUUAGGCCAAUGCCGAGAAAUCUUUUUGUUGGAGGAGCAGAACAGGAACAACUAAGUGGAACAGAUGAUGAUGAAAGAACACCAAUUGGGCAAAGCAAAGGCCAUGAACAACCACAAAGGAGAAAGGAAAAGAAAAAGCAGAAAGUUAACGAGCAAUGGGGAAAGCCAUCUGACUUCCCAAAGUGUGUCAACUACAUUCCUUUAACCUCGUCAAGGUCUCAAAUCCUGGCACAAAUCCAGCACUGGAUCAGAAGACCAUCCCUCCCACUGCAUGAUUCCCCAAGAGCAGAUAAGAGCAAGCACUGUGACUACCAUUGUGCCUACGACCACAAUAUAGAAGACUGCCAACAUUUAAAGGACGAGCUGGAAUUGUUAGCUCACAAUGGGAAGUAUCAGCUCGGCAGUGCACCGGACGCACAUCAGGAUAGCCAAUAUCCUUCUAACCAGGGUAGAACGAAAGGGGUAGGCUAUGUUGGGAUACCUCCGCCCUCUGGCACAAUAAACAUGAUCUCGGGUGGUAUCUACUCAAGAGGCCAAAGUGCUCGAGGUCGCAAGGCAUAUGCCCGUCAGGUGAUGACUGUUAAUAAGAAUAGACCCAUGAAGCGGCCAUUCGAGGAGGCAGAAUGGGAGAAUGCGCCCAUUACAUUCAGUGCGGCGGAUUAUAAGCGAGCAGAUGGAGAGCCCGAUGUUAUGAUGCCUCAUGCAGAUCCUUUUGUGGCAACGGUUCAUAUAGGCAAUCAUAACGUCAACAAGGUCUUUAUCGAUACUGGUAGCUCACCAGAUAUCUUAUAUUGGAGCUGCUUUCAAAAGAUGCAACUGAAUCUGAGCUCGUUGCAGAAGUAUGAAGAGCCCAUAUAUGGGUUCGAUAAUCAACCCAUCCCAGUUGAAGGAGUCAUCACUCUUCCCAUCUAUGUGGGCUCGGAACCACGCUUCAAGAUGGCUUCUGUUAACUUUCUGGUCGUCAAGAUGGAAUUAGCUUUCAAUGCUAUACUAGGGAAAGCCACCCUUUGCGAGCUGAAGGCUGUCAUCUCAUAACCUCAUCUCUGUAUGAAAUUCCCAACUCCCCAGGGGGUAGGAGUGCUUAAGGGAACCAGAAGAUGGCCAGAGCCUGCUAUCAAGAUACUUUCAAGAAGGUUGAGCUCGUUGUAGCCCCGGCAGGUUCUUCUAAAAUUCA